CAACAGACAGUAGAGAAUCAACUGCUUCUGCAGACGUUACUAUCACAUCAGCAUCAAAGAUGACAACUAUGAAAUCUGUAACAGGAACUGAUACGAAAAGUACAGUUGUGACAUCAGUCAGCAGUUCUCCAUCAUCUUCCACUGCAGAAAAUAUUGGUUCCACAACAGACGAACCACAUACAACAUCACUAGUUACAAAUGAUCAUGCAGAAUCUUUAUCUUCCUCAACUGCAGUGGAUUCAUCACAAGAGUCUUCUGUUCCAACAACAGACAAUAGAGUAUCUAAUGCUUCUACAGAUGUGACAAUGACAAGAGCAUCAAAGAGGACAACUACGAAUUCUGAAACAGGUACUCAUGGAACAAGUACAGCAAGGACUUCAUUCAGCAGUUCUCCACCGAUUUCCACUGCAGAUAAUAUUAGUUCCACGACAGACAAAGCACAAACAACAUCAAUAGUUACAAAUGGACCAUCAGAAUCUUUAUCUUCUUCAACUGCAGUGGAUUCAUCACAAACUUCUUCUGUUCCAACAACAGAUAAUAGAGAAUCUACUGCUUCUACAAAUGUGACCAUGACAUCUGAAUCAAAGAUGACAACUAUGAGAUAUGUAACUGGAAUUGAUAUGAAAAGUACAUUUGUGACUUCAGUCAGCAGUUCUCCAUCAUCUUCCACUGCAGAAAAUAAUAGUUCCAUGACAGAUGAACCACAAACAACAUCACUAGUUACAAAUUAUCCGGCAGAAUCUUUAUCUUCUUCAACUGCAGUGGAUUCAUCACAAACUUCUUCUGUUCCAACAACAGAUAAUAGAGAAUCUACUGCUACUACAAAUGUGACCAUGACAUCUGAAUCAAAGAUGACAACUAUGAAAUCUGUAACAGGAACUGAUACGAAAAGUACAGUUGUGUCUUCAGUCAGCAGUGCUCAAUCAUCUUCCACUGCAGAUAAUAUUGGUUCCACAACAGAAGAAACACAAAAAACAUCACUAGUUACAAAUAAACAAGCGGAAUCUUCAUCUCCUCCCACAGCAGCUGUUUCAUCACAAACUCCUGCCAUUUCAACAACAGACAAUAGAGAAUCGCCUGCUUCAACAGACGUGACUAUCACAUCAGCAUCAAAAAUGACAACUACCAAAUCUGAAACAGGUACUUAUGCAACAAGUACAGGAAGGACUUCAUUCAGCGUUUCUACCUCAUCUUCCACUGCAGAUAAUAAUAGUUCAACAACCGAAGAACCACAAACAACAUCACUAGUUACAAAUGAACCUGCAGAAUCGUUAUCUCCUUCAACUACAGUAGAUUCAUCACAAAUGUCUUCUGUUCCAACGACAGACAAUAGAGAAUCUACUACUUCUACAAAUGUGACCAUGACAUCUGAAUCAAAGAUCACAACUAUGAAAUCUGUUACAGGAACUGAUACGAAAAGUACAGUUGUGUCUUCAUUCAGCAGUUCUCCACCGAUUUCCACUGCAGAUAAUAUUAGUUCCACGAAAGACAUACCACAAACAACAUCACUAGUUACAAAUGGACCAUCAGAAUCUUUAUUUUCUUCAACUGCAGUAGAUUCAUCACAAACUUCUUCUGUUCCAACGACAGACAAUAGAGAAUCUACUACUUCUACAAAUGUGACAAUGACAACAGCAUCAAAGAUGACAACUACGAAUUCUGUAACAGGUACUCAUGAAACAAGUAGAGCAAGGACUUCAUUCAGCAGUUCUCCACCGAUUUCCACUGCUGAUAAAAUUUGUUCCACGAAAGACGAACCACAAACAACAUCACUAGUUACAAAUGGACCAUCAGAAUCUUUAUCUUCUUCAACUGCAGUUUAUUCAUCACAAACUUCCUCUGUUCCAACAACAGAAAAUAGGGAAUCUAUUACUUCUACAAAUGUGACCAUGACAUCGGAAUCAAAGAUGACAACUAUGAAAUCUGUAACAGGAACUGAUACGAAAAGUACAUUUGUGACUUCAGUCAGCAGUUCUCCAUCAUCUUCCACUGCAGAAAAUAUUGGUUCCACGACAGACGAUCCACAAACAACAUCACUAGUUACAAAUGAUCCGGCAGAAUCUUUAUCUCCUUCAACUGCAGUGGAUUCAUCACAAACUUCUUCUGUUCCAACAACAGACAAUAGAGAAUCUACUGCUUCAACAAAUGUGACCAUGACAUCUGAAUCAAAGAUGACAACUAUGAAAUCUGUAAUAGGAAAUGAUACGAAAAGUACAGUUGUGACUUCAGUCAGCAGUGCCCAAUCAUCUUCCACUGCAGAUAAUAUUGGUUCCACAACCGAAAAAACACAAAAAACAUCAGUAGUUACAAAUGAACCAUCAGAAUCUUCUUCUCCUUCCACCGCAGCUGUUUCAUCACAAACUCCUGCCAUUUCAUCAACAGACAAUAGAGAAUCUCCUGCUUCAACAGACGUGACUUCCACAUCAGCAUCAAAGAUGACAACUACCAAAUCUGAAACAGAUACUUAUGCAACAAGUACAGGAAGGACUUCAUUCAGCGUUUUUACCUCAUCUUCCACUGCAGAUAAUAAUAGUUCAACAACGGAAGAACCACAAACAACAUCACUAGUUACAAGUGACCCUUCAGAAUCUUCAUCUUCUACAACUUCACUUGAUUCUUCACACACUCCUACCAUUUUAACAACAGACAGAAGAGAAUCUACUGCUUCUACAGACGUGACUAUCACAUCAGCAUCAAAGAUGACAACUAUGAAAUCUGUAACAGGAACUGAUACGAAAAGUACAGCAAGGACUUCAUUCAGCGGUUCUACCUCAUCUUCCACUGCAGAUAAAAAUAGUUUAACAACCGAAGAACCACAAACAACAUCACUAGUUACAAAUGGACCAUCAGAAUCUUUAUCUUCUUCAACUGCAGUGGAUUCAUCACAAACUUCUUCUGUUCCAACGACAGACAAUAUAGUAUCUACUGCUUCUACAAAUGUGACCAUGACAUCUGAAUCGAAGAUGACAACCAUAAAAUCUGUAACAGGAACUGAUACGAACAGUACAUUUGUGACUUCAGUCAGCAGUUCUCCAUCAUCUUCCACUGCAGAAAAUAUUGGUUCCACGAUGGACGAACCACAAACAACUUCACUAGUUACAAAUGAUCCGGCAGAAUCUUUAUCUUCUUCAACUGCAGUGGAUUCAUCACAAACUUCUUCUGUUCCAACAACAGAUAAUAGAGUAUCUACUGCUUUCAUAGACGUGACUAUCACAUCAGCAUCAAAGAUGACAACAAUGAAAUCUGCAUCAGGAACUGAUACAAAAAGUACAGUUGUGACUUCAUUCAGCAGUUCUCCAUCAUCUUCCACUGCAGAUAAUAUAAGUUUCACGACAGAAGAACCACAAACAACAUCAAUAGUUACAAAUAAUUCUGCAGGAUUACAAUCUUCUUCAACAGCAGUUCAUUCAUCUCAAAUGUCAACUGUUCAGACAACAGACAAUACAAUCACAAGGUCAACAAUAUUGCCUACAACUCUAAGUCAUAAAACAAACCAAAUAUCAACCAGCAGCACCACACACAUACCAACACCCGUACUAAACACGUCAACAUCUACAGUUCACCCCUUUACAGAAACAACACAUAAAGUCAUUACAAAUUCGACCAUCAGUUUUUCCCCCUCCACAACAAAUGACACUCCAUUUUCAACUCCCGAGAACACAACCACCCCUGAUUGUGCGGCAGGGGACUGCCAGUGCAGUGGGAGCCCUUGUGGGUUCAACCCCGCGCUUGGCCAAUGCCAGUGUCACUGUGAAGAUUAUACCUAUGGAGAUACCUGUUUCCUUGGGCAGAACGUAUCAGCAGUCUUCAUUGAUGAUGAGGCAUUGCCAAAAAGAAAGGCAAACUUUUCCCUGACAAUCGGUGCCACAUUUGAGGAGGACUUCAAUGAUAUAAACUCUCCCCAAUCUCAGCGAUUCAUCCACACUCUGACAACUAAGCUCGAACCUCUGUGCAAAAUGGCAGACGCGCACCAGUUCAAACAAGUCAGGAUUGUGAAAUUAAAAGCAGGGUCUGUCAUCGCUGAGAUUAUAGUUGAAUACAACUAUCCAAACAAUGAAAGCCACAUCCAGUUCCUCAACAGUGAAAUUGAUGACGAAUUGAUGGAAAUCUUCGAUCCACUUGCCCUCAACACGAUAGGACAGGCCUUCGGGAAUGUCACUAUCGAGCUCAAUGGUCUUCUCUUGCAACCAACCGUCAUUAGAAACGCCACUGACUUGGAGCCAUAUGUGAAGUGCCAGUAUGCCAACUACACCGCAAAAUUGAACAACGGUCGCUGGGAGUGUGUGGGAGCUUGUAAAAGAAUCCCCGGCUACUGUCAUCAACAUGGAGAAUGUCUGAAUCACAUUAAGGAUGGUCCUAUCUGUCGGUGCCAGUCAUCCGCCCUCCAGCAGUACUACGGCCCUCGUUGUGAAUCCUUCCGCUGGGGGGCGGGGUUCUAUGGGGCCUUGUUCGGGUCGCUGGCUGCGGUUCUCCUGCUACUGGUGACCAUCGUUGGGAUUCUUUGGUUUAAGAAGAGACGAUGCGAUUCUUGGUACAUAUGAAGAGGGAUGAGACACCAGUCCCCAUCUUAGUCCAGGACCAGAAAUUCUUAACACUGGUUACUGUAAUGUAGUUUGCACCUAUUAUAAGUAUUUGAUGUAUUGAUUUAAACCUGCACCAUGUCACAUUUCAGUCAUAAAAAGGUGGAACUGUAGAGCAAAUGGAAACAUCACUAUCACUGCCUCCUCCAAAUAUGUGAAUCAUUUUCCUUUUUAUUUAUGUUCAUGAGUAUCUAUAAUCAUUGUCAAUCUAAAUAACUUGUUUCGAAUUAUUUUUCAUUUUUAUUUAUGUUCAUGUGUAUUUAAAGACAUUGGCAAUCGAAAUAACAAGUUUCUUGCUUGCUUAAGGGCUACACUGAUAUGAAAUUAUUGAUGUACAAUUCUAACAAUGUCGUUUUAUGCCUUUAAAACUCAUCAAGUGUAUUAUGGCCUGUAAAGUUCCAACUAAGACUAAGAUUGAAUUAAAAGAGCAGGCCAACAGCUGUUUCUUUCCAAAACCUGUACCCAAUACACGUUAUAAUACAAUAUACAAUGUGAAUCCAAUUAUGGUCAGGGGAGAUGAGAUAAGGGUUUUUGCCUUCACAGAGAUGUUCUGGGUUCAAACCACAGUGUCCUCAAUGUAGAGGUUUCUUAAAAUAAUUCAAUAUAAAUUGCCUUGG